AUGAGUAGAUUCUCUAUUUAAUCAAAUGAUAUGGAUAGAGUUCAUACAUGCUGUGGAAACAGUCUUUGGUUAGGGAGUCUAAAAGCAGCUAAGAAUUCUAGCCUUUUAAGAUAAAACAAUAUCAAGACUGUGAUCACAGUAGCCAAUAAUAUUACUCUCAAAUUAUAGAAUUUAAAACAUUAUGUAAAUAUUAAAAAUAUGAUAGAUUUUUAGUAUUGAGGACAGUGCUACUUUUCGUAUACUUGAUUAUUUUUCUUAAAUAAAUGAAGUUAUUGAAGAAGGAUUAAAAAAUGGUUCAGUUUUAGUACAUUGCGUAGCAGGUGUUUCAAGAUCUAGUGCAUGUGUUAUAGCCUAUCUGAUGUACUCUUAAAAGUGGUCAUAUGAAAAGACUUAUUACUAUUUGAAAGAAAAACGAUUAACAAUUAACCCUAAUCCUGGAUUCAAGAAAUAACUGAUUUAAUACAAUAAUCAAUUGAAUUGGUUCCAAAAAACAAAAAACUCUAGCGAAUCAAUUUAAUCAAGUAAAUAACUGCUUUCUCCUAGAAAUAUGUAGAAUAUAUAAAUUUAUAUUUUAUUAGGCACAAAUCUCCACAUGAUUUUAUCUUGUAAUUAACUUAAAACAAUAUUAAGUCUCCAAAUAGAAAAAUUGAAUAGUUAGAUUAAUCAUCAACAACAGAGGAGAGAGAAAUUUAUAGAUUUUAGUUAGCUUAAAAAUUAUUUGCUAAAAGUUUAAAGAACAGCAAUAAAAAGGGAGUCUAAAAGAUUUGUGAAUAAAUUAAAACUAAUUCACCUUCAGUCAAAUUAAGUAUGUACAAUACAAUUAAUUACUUUGCAUAAACUGAUAGAGUUUUUUGA